GCUUUAGUUCAAAUUAAAAUAUUACUUAGUGGCAAUUGUCAAUAAAUAAAUUAGUGCUAUAAUACAUGUUGUAUUUUACACAUUUUUUUGACUAAACUAAGACUUAUUGAAUUGUAAGAUUUAAAGUUUCCUAAAAAAUGUAUGAUUCCGAAGAAGCGACGGUAGAUCAUCAGAUAUUAGGAUCUUAUAAAAGCAUUUUAUCAUCGAAUAAAGCAUUUAAUUUCACAAGUUUAGCCGAAAGUCCUUUCAUCGAUACAUCUAAAAAAGAUAUUGAAGGUCGUCCUGUUAUUGUCAUUGUUACAAAUGCUAUUGGUUUUGACAAGGAUGCGGAAAUUCGAGCGAUUCGUUACGCUAUACAAAAAAUGGAUCCAAUUAUUAGUAAAAAGCCCUACACUUUCAUUGGUUGUCUUAGCAGUCCAGGAUGGGGGGAUUUAUCUUCACGUGGAUUAAACUGGAUAAAGGAUUUCUUUGCUAUUCUGCCUAGAACGUAUAGAAAACGUUUAAAACGUUUAUAUUUCGUGCAUCCUUCUGCUGGAUCACAAGCAGUUAUAAAGCUAGCAACACCUUUCAUUCCGCCGAAUUUUUGGAAAAAAUUACAACCUGCAACGACUGUUUCAGAAUUAGCAAAUAAACUUGAGGCAAGUCACACUCCCAGUGCGCUUUUUCCGCAUAUAGUGCAGAAUACAGAAGCAAUUUAUCAUCAGCAAAAUAAUUUGGUUGUAUUUGGAGAACCUCUUGAUUCUAAUUCUUUUUUUAAAACAUAUAAUGUACGUGGUUGUCAGCAUAUAUCGGAAACAUUAUUACGACUUGUCAAAAGUUUAGAACAUCCAGACGUUAUCAUUACACGCGAUUUGUUCAACCAUCAACCAAGCGCAAUUGAAAUUUAUUCUACUAUAGAUACGUUACAACAAGGAGAUUGGCAAGCCGAUUUAACAAUUACUGUAUCAGCAACUUGCACAGCACUACGAGUUUUCCUGGGAUGUUUACCAGAACCACUUUUGGGACUAUCAUCUUUCAAAUAUUUUGAAGAAUUCGCUCGAAUUCAUGACUUUGAAACAGAGAAUAUUGAACAAGCACCAUACAAGGAUUUGUUUUUGAAACUCAUGACACCUUUAGAUUUUAAUGUGAAGGAAAACAUAUGCUUUCUCUUUAAUUUUUUCCGUAACGUUCUUGAAUUCAGCAAGCUGAAUAAUGUCACACCUUUAGUUCUUUCCAAAACGUUUUCUUCCCUUUUCACGCGACCAACAUUAUGGAAUUCACAAACCCCUUUAAUAUUUCCUGUUAUUAUUAAACUGUUCAGUCUUGUCAUUAAGGAUUCAACGUUUUUGUUUCCUGAGCACCAGCAUACGCAAAGCUACGACCACUUGAGUUUUUUUGAUAACCAUACGUCAGUUCCACAAGAAAAACUAGAGCACAAGGAACACGAGAAAGAAGAAGAGGACGAAGAAGAAGAUGAAGAAGAAGAAGAAGAGGAAGAAGAAGAAGAGGAAGAAGAAGAAGAAGAAGAGGAAGAAGAAGAAGAAGAGGAAGAAGAAGAAAAAGAGGAAGAAGAAGAGGAAGAAGAAGCGGAGGAUGACGAGGAAGAAGAGGACGACCAAGAAGAAGAGGAAGAAGACGAAGAAGAGGAUGACGAGGAAGAAGAGGAAGAAGAAGAAGAAGAGGAAGAAGAUGAGGAAGAAGAGGAAGAGGAAGAAGAAGAAGAGGAAGAAGAAGAAGAAGAAGAGGAAGAAGAAGAAGAGGAAGAAGAAGAAGAAGAAGAGGAAGGAAACACAAAAAAAGAGAAGAGAAGCGAAACCGUAAAAAAAUAAAAAGACGAUACAAGAAAAUGAGAAAGACUACACAAGGAGUGUUAAUUGGUGCAGUUGCGGUCAUGGUUGUACAAAAGAAUGCAUUUGUGACAAAAGAUUGUAAGACGUGAAAAUACGCAUGUCGCAAUAGUUUUUUUUAUAGUAUUAAUCUUGUCAAAUUAAUGAUUUUUUAGUCAAGAUGUGAAGAGACUGUGAUGAAACGUCUCUUGUAGUAUUAGAGAAAAUAAAAAACAAGUUCGUAAGACAUUGAAGUGAUUUUUUAUGAAACAGUGAAUAAAUUUUUAUAAAAAGUUA